AUGUUGUACUCUAAAAAAGCAGAGGAGAACACUACAAAACAAGUCCAGGUAAAUGUGACUACUAUUAGAUAUACCAUGACAUAGAUAAAUGAAAACCUUUGCAGACCCAGGACCCCGCAUUCACUAUAUCCGGUCUCCCCGGACCCUGCAUUCACUAUAUCCGGUCUCACCGGUCCCUGCAUUCACUAUAUCCGGUCUCCCUAGACCCUGCAUUCACUAUAUCCGUCUCUCCCCGGACCCUGCAUUCACUAUAUCCGGUCUCCCCGGACCCUGCAUUCACUAUGUCUGGUCCCCCCGGACCCUGCAUUCACUAUAUCUGGUCUCCUCGGACACUGCAUUCACUAUAUCUGGUCUCCCACACUACAUAGAACAUGGAAAUGCAAUUAUUUUAGUAAAUAUAAACUGCUAA